AUGGAGAACCAGAAAAAUAUUCCGAAAGAAUUACUGGACGUUGUCAACUUUUUGAGGAGCAGUAGUUCGGGGAUCAAGAAUCGCGUAGGGGCGUUGAACGGAAAGAGACAUGAUUACUUCAAGGGCAAAGCAGCAGUCAAGGCCAUCCUAUCACCAGCCUAUGGCAAACUGAAGAAUGCGCCCAAGGUAGCCGACGAACAAGGGGCGGUCCAACUACUCCAUUCGAUCAUCCCAUUCACUUAUUUCCUCCGCGUUGACCGCGGCGAAUCCACCGGAGGGUCCAAAUCCCCCAAAGUCAUCCAAAUCAACCCGAUGCAGAUGUUCAGUCCAGACGAGUACUAUGUAUGGCUCUACGAAGGAUCCCAACUCACUACAUAUGUCGGAGGAGCUGUCAUGGUCGCCAUCAUCUUUGCGGGUGUCCUGUUCCCCCUCUGGCCCAGCUCAAUGCGCUUGGGUGUCUGGUACCUCUCGAUUGCCGUACUCGGCUUGAUUGGAUUGUUCUUUGUGAUUGCGAUUUUGAGGUUGAUCUUUUACGUUAUUACCGUGGUGGUGGCUAGCCCUGGUAUCUGGGUGUUCCCGCAAUUAUUUGCGGAUGUCGGAUUUGUCGAGUCGUUUAUUCCUCUCUGGGAAUGGGAUAUCCCCAAGAAGAAGAAGAGCAAAAAGAGCAAGGAGGCUAAAGAGGGCAAGAAAGCCAAGGGUGCUUCAGCGUCGAAUGGCAUACAGGUUCCGAUUAUCGAGGCCAGCUCUACCGCAUUGCCUGCAAAACUUCCUAGUGCCAGAAUCGAGGAGGUGCCAGAUGAGGAUGCUUAG